UGUAAGUACCAGGCAUGUCAUGAGGAAGAGAACAGAUGUGUAGCUGAGCUGAAAGAAGAAAGAACACAGCAUGCCAGGUAUCCAGAAGAUUAUUAUCUUCACAUAGUCAAAAAACUGAAGAACUGCACCUGGAUGAGGAGACCAGAAGAAUCAGCAGAUUUCAGGUCAGAGUUAGCUUCCUGCUGUAAUGCAGUUCACAAUUUUAUUGCUUCUCAAAACAACACCCCACUGGGAAGUAACAUGAGUUAUGAAGUGGACAGUAAAAAGACCAUCCUCAUUACAGAAGACAUUUUUAGAAUGCUGCCUGUGUCCUCUCCUCUUUCAGUUUAUCCCUUCAAGAACUGUGCUGUGGUUGGAAAUGGAGGCAUUCUGAAAAAUUCCAGCUGUGGAGCUGAAAUCGAUCGUUCUGAUUUUGUGUUUAGGUGUAACCUCCCUCCAACAAUGGGAAGCAUUAGCAAAGAUGUUGGCAAUAAAACAAAUCUGGUGACAGUUAAUCCAAGUAUCAUAGCUCAGAAAUACAACAAACUAAAUGAAAAAAAGACCGAAUUUGUGGAGAAUGUUGCAGUCUAUGGAGAUGCUUUCCUUUUAUUGCCAGCAUUUUCGUUCAGAAGCAACACGGCUACUUCUUUUAAAGUCUAUCAUACUCUGCAAGAGUUCAAAGCAACCCAAAGGGCAAUAUUUUUUCACCCCACCUAUCUGAAAAGUCUUGCCCAGUUCUGGAGAACUAAGGGUGUGAAAGCCUACCGGUUGUCAUCUGGUUUUAUGAUCACUAGUGCUGCUGUUGAGCUGUGUGAGAAUGUGAAGCUUUACGGCUUCUGGCCUUUCUCAAAAUCCACAGAGAAGAUGCCAAUCAGCCACCACUAUUAUGACAACCAGCUGCCCAAACCAGGUUUCCAUGCAAUGCCCAAAGAAUACAACCAGAUCCUUCAGCUUCAUGGUAAAGGCAUUUUGAAGCUGCAGUUCGGUAAAUGUGAAUCAGACUAAGAAGGGUGAUCAUCCAAAGGAGACAAUCUGUGUAUAUCUUAGCACCUCGAUGUUGGAUUUGAUCUGAUGUGAUUUUGUGAGCAUUAAACUGCAUUAUUACAAUAGAUAAAUAUUUGACAUCUGGGGGGAAAAGGAAGGGAUUUUUCACACAUUGACUGCUACAUUUCCAAUUCUUAAGUAUUCAUUUUUUUUUAAUACAAAAUAACAUUUUUGUGUAAAUUCUGAAAAUUCUGACUGUGGUUUUAAUUGUAGCAAAGCACAAUCUCAGAAUGGUGGCAAUAUAUAACAUUCAUAAUGUAUUUCUUCUUAAAGUAUCAUUAAAUUAUUUUGAUGUAAGGUCUCUGGUUUAAUCAAUAUCAUGGAACAUGGGCAAUAGUCACUGUAUGGUAGCUGCCCAAGUUGGUAGUGAAUGCUUUGAAUUAAGAACUCAGUCACACACAUAUAGUGUUUUUCUGUCUGAGAAAGGCGAUGAGAAGAGCUACAAUGGAGUUGUUAAUUCAGAGCUAAGUCAUUCUUAGAUUGUCCCAGGGUGCACAAAUGAAAAAAAAAUCCCUCAGGUUAGAGAUAGUCAAGUAGUUCAUGUGCUUUAAUUUUGUGGCCAGUGAGUUAUGCUGUAGUGGAUGUAAUGGGAUCAGUCCUGUGAAUUACGUUAGUUUUGUGAAGAAGUGUUUGACAAACCAGAGCUGUAAUUACCAGAGUUAUAAAACCAGAGUAUAAUUAUUUUUAAAACCCUCUUCUUGCUUGUAUUCCUGUCUAAGGUCCAGUUCAGCUCCAAGUGAGGACAAUCAACUAGGUUUCAUCCUGCACUCCCUGGAGUCCUGGUAGGGCAUGACUUUGCACACAUUCCUGCAAUCCCAGAUCCAUAUCUGUGCUGACAUAUGUGAGGGUCUAUUCACUAGAAAAAAUAAUCUAUACCAUCCCUAGCAUUUUUUCUGUUUCAUUUUCACCUAGCAUAACACCUUUCCCUAUGUGACAACUGAUAAAGAAACUGCAUUGAGCAUUGUUAGAAGAACGUUUGUUUUAGAGCCAACCCCAAACUUUUCUCCUAUACUGGGGCAUGUGAGAAAAAACUACAGUCACUUAAUUAAAACCCCAUGAAGUUCUUGUGCUUAAAGUUUCCAUAUGGUCCAUUGGAGCACAAUUGAAAUAAAGAUUCACAUUAACAUUAAUGGGAGCUAUAGGCACUUGUUCCUCUAGCUGUGGCUGCUAGUAUAUGACUGCUUAUACUUUUUUUACUGCAGAAAAAAGAAUUGCAGUAACCAAUUUCUCUUGCAGGAGGCUUUUUUUGAGUCUACUGAAUGAUCAAUUCAAUGAUAGAAUGUCCUUGCUGUACUUUUAGUCAGAUACUAUCAGGUUUUUCCGUACUAAAACUCAUCUUAGUACAGUAGCACUAAAUCCCCAAUCAGCUGAUAGUUUACAGAGCAUUCAGUAUUCCACUCAUUGAGGAUUAUUUGUGCAAAAAUAAAAAACACCCAAAAAACCUACUAUAAAUGUAUUGAACCUUAUAAAGUAUACUUUUAGACUGAUAUCUUAUAAGAGCAUUUCUAUAUUGCUGUAAUAUUUGAAAGCUUAACUUGCAACAGUUGCAACAGUUUUAUAACCACAUAAAUAAUCCUAGAAAUAUUUGAAUCAGUCAUUAUCAUUGCAGGUCUGUGUUCAGCAUUUUGAUCCAUUUCCAGGAUGAUAUCAGAAUCUCACUACUCCUACCCCAGAGUGGCCCUAAACUCAGCUACAUACAUCAGCACCAAGUUCAUUUUUUUUUGCAAAAACAAGGUUUUAAAAAAAUAGAUAGUGCUUUGGGGUGUUGGAUGACACCACCGAUACACAAGUAUAGGAUUGAAUAUCAGUAGGGCUUUCAUGAGAAGCAAAAAUGUCAUAAUUGAGCUGAUGGGCACAGCUGACUUACCAGCUGGUGGCUGAAAGAGGCAAGCACAAGGGCUUUAUUCACUGAGACUGUUCUGGUUCCAGCACCACGCAUCCAUGUUUUGUCCUCACUAGCAGUGGAAUUUGUGCCAGUUUCUGACCACAGACAUCUGCCACACAUACAGAACUAGCUGCUGUAGACCUUGCAUCCACAUUACAAGUGUGGUAGAUGAUUGCCUGCUGCAAGACCCUAAUUACAAAUAGAAGACAAAUUUACUGCAAGAAGAGCUCUUCUGUGCCAUAAAUCACUCAUGUAGACUGUACCUGGGUGUAACGAAGCUGUGAAAAGUGGUGUACUCAUACUUUGUGAUAAGAACAACUGAUUGAGAACCACCUCAUAUUUCAUCGAGGACACAAAAUACCUGUACUCAAGCAAAGACUUAUUCCUGCCUAGUGUCGUGCAGUGGGGUGAUCUCAGCUACGUAGCAAUUCCUCCUUCUUCUUGUGUUGUGUUCUGUAUAGCCUAUGGAUCAUUAUUUCAGAGGACUCCACAGAUUUUUUUCUUUCCUUCCCAAAACUGUUUCUUUUCUUCUGUCCUGGCUGGCUCCAUCAUCUUGAGCUCAGCCGAGGGAGAUAUCAGUGCCACAUGUGCAGUAGAGCAUUAAAGAGUUUCAGAGUCAGAACUACUGUUCUGUUUGGAGACAAGCAGUGUUUGCUAACGCAGCCAUACAGCUGUCCUCUGUGCUUCCGAAUAUUUCUUGCCACGUAAAUCAGAGCAGACUUUAUGUCCAGGCAAGAGCUACAUUUUCUGAAAUGCUGUAAUUUUCAAGCUGUAAUAAGCACCUGCUGGAGCUUUAGUUUAGUUUAGUAAUGUGGAUGUUGUGGUUGCAAUUAGGCAGCUGCAGUAGAUCCCUGACCAAUCUUUAUAGCCCUAGCUUUAGUGGAUCGGUCACAAAUGAGAGCAAACAAAGUUCUGUGAGAUGGACAGACACCUUGACUUUUUCGUGCUUUCAACAAAGUUGAAACUUGCCAGUGACCUGAAGGCAUGUUCCUUUAUGC